UCGCUACCCGUCCGUUGGGUUCUUCCUCGUGGACUUGCUCCUCCUACUCCUUGUGUGGUUUCGUGGAAGUCGCCCGCAGCUCCUCCGUCCGCCGCCUCCCGAGAUCUUUUCCGCAGCUCGGUCGCCUCUCCAUCGAUUCAUCGCCGCGUUGACUUCCUCCGCUUCUCCCUUCGGUCUAUGUAGCCCUUUGCUCCACCGGUUUAUCCACCACCUCGGGGUUCCCAAGAUUCUCGCAGCUGUAGUUCUCGAUUCCUUUUACCUCCUUCGAUUUCUCUUCUUUGACGUGUUCUUGCGAGAUUAGGGGCUGAGAAUUGCACAAUCCAUGGCCUUUUACAAAAGAUCUCGGGCGGCGAGAGUCGCCCUGCCGUUGCGGCGGGUGCUCCCUUUGGUCCUUGUAGUCCUCGCCUCCGUGCUGUUCGUGGUCUUCAUGCUUAAGAAUCGAGCUGUCGCCGGUCCCUCCUCUUUCUCCUUCGCGAACCUGGAAAACCCUGCAACUAUUUUAGCGGAUCCUAGUUUCAAGCUCAAGCUGCCGAAGCAGACCCUCCUCUCUGUCUCCUUGGAUCAGCGAAACAGAUUGCCCCCCAGGAACACGGAUCUCUUCCCCACCCUGGCCAAGGACCAUACAAAGAUUGUCCUUUACGUCCACAACCGCCCCCGGUACCUCCGGGCGGUCGUCCGGAGCCUCGCCGGCGUGGAGGGCAUCGGCGAGACGCUGCUGAUCGUGAGCCACGAUGGAUACUUCCCCGAGAUGGACGGCAUCGUCCGGGGCAUCCGGUUCUGCCAGGUGAAGCAGAUUUUUGCGCCCUACUCGCCGCACCUGUUCCCCGACAGCUUCCCGGGCGUCUCCCUGGGCGAUUGCCACGACAAGGACGACCCCGCUGCGAAGAAGUGCAACGGGACGGCUGACCAGUACGGCAACCACCGGUCGCCGAGGAUAGUGUCGCUGAAGCACCACUGGUGGUGGAUGAUGAACACUGUGUGGGAUGGGAUGGAGGAGACCAGGGGAUUCGACGGUCACAUUCUUUUCAUCGAGGAGGACCAUUACAUCUACCCGAAUGCUUACCGGAACCUUCAGCUGCUCGUAGGAGUAAAGCCCACGAAAUGCCCCGAGUGCUACGCUACCAACUUGGCCCCGUCUGAUGUGAACUUUAAGGGAGAAGCGACGGAUAUGCUGAUAGCUGAGAAGAUUGGGAAUAUGGGUUACGCCUUCAACAGGACUGUUUGGAGAAAGAUACAUGCUAAGGCGAAGGAGUUCUGCUCCUUUGAUGAGUAUAACUGGGACAUUACGAUGUGGGCUACUGUCUACCCUUCGUUUGGAGCCCCUGUUUACACUCUGAGAGGUCCCCGGACAAGUGCCGCCCACUUUGGGAAAUGCGGACUGCAUCAGGGGCAAGGGAAGAGUGGCGCGUGCAUUGACAAUGGCAAAGCAAGCUUUCAGCUAGACGAGAUCGAUAAAAUUCUUAACAUAAAGCCGGAUUGGCAGGUGCACAUCAUCAAGAAGCAGAGUGGUUACCAAGCAGGUUUUAAGGGUUGGGGAGGCUGGGGUGAUUGGAGGGACCGAGAGCUUUGUUUGAGUUUUGCUUACAUGUAUCAUGUCGUGUAAGCAGAUGAACUCUGGCAUCCUGAGAUUUUCCAAGCUCUUGAGAGCAUCAUGUUUUAUCCAUGCUGUGUCUGAUUUAUACACAGAUUUAUUGAGGUACAAGAUAUCACUGUCUGUACCACUGAGGACUUCUUUUCUUGUAUCUUUAUGCAAAAUUAAUUAGUCCAUCAGCUUGUGGAACUUAAUUCAGUCUUUUUCUUUUGUAUUGCUUGUCUAUUUCAAUUGAAACCUUUUCA